GCCAUCAUGUGGAGGACGUUCGCCAUCUUAGCACUCGCGGCAGCGUGUCACGCCCUCCCAGCUCAAGACACGAGCCAUUCAGAAAACGAAAUCGAAGGCUUCAGCGAUUGUCUCAAAAAGGAUUCAACGACAUGUCUCAAGUACAAGUUCUUCUCCUUCGUCGACAAAAUGAUGGGUCAAAGGGACACGUUUUCUUUAACAGAUGGUGUGACAGUUGUGCGAGCUAGUGAUGUGCCUGCAGAAACCGGUGCCCCGAGAGCUUUAGAUCCUGUCGACAAAGUGAAGAAUUACUUCGAAACUCAUUCAUUAAGAGUGGAAGUUAAAGGCUCGGAUGUUAUCGAUUCUGUCACCAGUGUGGGACGUGCUUUAGAAGAUACGGUAUCAUGGUUCACAGAGGAUAAUGACCAGUCAGAGGAAGGUAGAGGGAAGAAGAAGAAGGCUGCAAAGAUUAUAGGACCGUUGAUAGCAGCGUUGAUGUUGAAGAAGCUAGCUUUGAUACCGCUUGCGCUUGGAGCGAUAGCUUUGAUCGCUGGGAAAGCGUUGCUGAUUGGUAAAUUGGCGUUAGUGUUGUCCGCGAUAAUUGGAUUGAAGAAAUUGUUGUCGCAGCAAAAGCACGUCACAUAUGAAGUGGUCGCGCAUCCUCACCAUUCGUCGAGUCACACGUCGAGCCAUGACUAUGCUGGAGCGAGCGGUUAUGGUGGCGAUUCGGGAGGCUACAGUAGCGGAGGCGGGCACAGUAGCGGAAGUGGUGGAUGGGGAAGAUCAGUCGACGUGCAAAGCUUAGCGUACUCAGCGCAAAAGCCAUAGCUUUCCAAGUUUCCGUGGCCUAGUUAGACGACCCCUUUGCAAGACGAUUUCACUACGUUCAAUUACUUAUUCGACUCGUUUCGUCUCGUGUAUAAAUGUGUUGUGCGGUUGUAUUUAUUUGACUGAAUGAAUUUAGGACUCUAGUAUACCUUAUAGGUGUUUUUGUAACUAUGAUUUUUUAUAGUAUAUAUUAUUUCUUUUGAUAUCACAAAGAUUAUGUAUAAAGUUAAGAUAGUUGAUAGUGAAAUAUUUAUUGUGGUUUCCCAUGCGUACCUGGCUUUAAUUAAUUUUAUUUAAGUAUUGUUUAAGACUAUAUUUCGUCUGUUUUUAUUUGUUGUUUGUUUACUUGUUUCUAAGUCAUCUCCACGGGUUCUCUUGUUUUUA